UCUGCCGAUGUCGUCCGAUCUCUGUGCGUGUUGCACAUCAAUGUUUUGAAUCACAUUUUCCGUCCUCCUUCAGGCGUUUUCCGCAGUUUUCCACUAACAAAUGGCCCGUUGAAAAUAUUAGUUUCAAUCGUGUAGUGAUAAAUUAAAAUCCAUGUUAAGUCUGUAGAAAACACUAAAGAUCCAGACGGGUGAAAAGUAAUAUAGCGAUGUCCGGCCUCAUCGAGUAUCUGAAGGGUCCCGAGCUGGUGGUCAAAGUGCAGGAGUUUUUCGGCAUCGAGUAUCUGCAUUGCCGAGAGAAUGGAAAAAUCGAUUCGAGUGAUGCGUACUGCGGCGGCGUUGGAUCCUCGCUUAGGACGAGAACCAAACUGCGCGACGGGAAUAAGCAGAAUGGGGAUUUGACAAAUUUGGACGAGGACAGUAGUGGCAGCAGCAGCGGCGGCAAUGACUCAGACAAGUGUCAGGGCGGUGCAGAUAAGGAAACCGUCAUGCCUUAUCGAAUCACGAAUAAAUUUUGGUAUUAUUUGUUCCUUAUUGGGACGGAACUAGGGGAUGAAAUCUUUUACGCAACGUUCAUUCCGUUCUGGUUCUGGAACAUCGACAGCGCCGUGGGAAGGAGGGUCAUUAUGGUUUGGUCGGCGGUUAUGUACGUAGGACAAAGCCUAAAGGAUGUCAUUAGAUGGCCUCGACCGGGCUUCCCUGUUAGCAGAUUGCAAAAGAAGUGGGCUCUGGAGUACGGAAUGCCUUCAACGCAUGCAAUGGUUUCCGUGGCGAUUCCUUUCUCGGUUCUAAUCUAUACUCAUGAUAGGUACAUAUAUUCCUUGCCAGCAGGUCUGGCUUUUGCCACAAUUUGGUGUGCAGUUAUUUGCUUCAGCAGAGUUUAUUUAGGAAUGCACAGCGUACUGGAUAUUUUUGCCGGUCUGGGCUUGGUUGUGGCCCUUAUGAUUCCACUGAUUCCAAUAGUGGACAAAUUGGAUUAUAUAAUAGUUACCAGCAAAUGGUCACCCAUUCCAGUUUUGGCAAUUUCUAUUUUAUUAAUCGUGUUCUAUCCGGAUUCGGGAAUCUGGACCCCAACGAGGGGAGACACAGCGCUAACGGUUAGCGUAUGUGCAGGACUGGAAAUUGGCGCCUGGUUACACUACACCUUGGGCGAUUUUAAACCCCCAGCAAAUCCUCCACCCUACGAAAUCAUCUGGCCGUCCUACGCCAUGUUGGGAAUGCUGUUGCUCCGGACCGUCCUGGGCCUCUGCUGUGUGGUGGCCACCCGUGCCUUCGGAAAAUCCAUUUCCUACGCGUUUGUGUGCUUCCUCUUGGGGCGGGACAAAAAUGAACUGCGCCGCUCCGAGAACACCUUGCAGAACAAGAACAAAAUCAUCGUCGAGUUGUCGUACAAGUUCUUCGCCUGCGGAAUGAUUGGUUUCAACACGCAAUACUUACUGCCGAAUGUGUUCAAAUUGCUCCGUAUAGGGCGGCCGGAUUUCUACACCGAGAUCUAAGCCGGGAUGCAUGCCGGGAGAUUCAACGACAUCACGCAAACAUUCCUUCUCGUUUAACAUUAGUAGGAUAGAUACGCUUUUGUUUGCGUUUUGAAUUUCAAAAGUGACGUUACUCCACUUAGUCGCUUAUGGCGUAUGAAUCUAAAAGUCAUAUUUAUUGCAACUAACUUUCUUAGGUCGUCGAAGAUUGUUCAGGUUUUGUUGUUCACUUGUACGUACUAAACGCACAUAAGCACAAGAUUUUUUCUCAUCAUCUCCCAAAAUGCAAAAUCUUCCAAGACGGGUUGUGCGGAACUCCGUAAAUUCAUUAUUCUAGUCCCCGAGCGAACACCCGAACAGUGAGUUAGUGAAACAAUUCUAGACUAAUUUGGAACAACAGCUGAUGAGCCAUGUAUUUUUUUAUAAUCUUCAUCAAUUACCUCCUCGAAAAAAAAAUGAUCUGCUUCUAUAAUUAUGCAAGACAAGUCAUGAAUGGUUCAUUAGCCGUUGUUCUUCAUUAGUCUAAAUAGAUAUUAGUACAUAGGCCUUAUGUAUGAAACAAAAGUAUAAUUGCUGUCAAAUUAGAAAGUUUUCAAUCUCGUUGAAUUUCUUUUCUACUUUAACUUACACAUUACGGAUGAACGAAGAGAAAUAAAACUUCCAUUAGUAGUAUUAAA